AUGAGGAGAGAAAGUGAGCGGAAUCAAUAUUUACCUUUGAUGACUUAUAUAAUUGCUGAUUAUGCCUAUAGAUAUCACUGGGGAUUUCUAAUCGGGCCAAAGGAGGAAAUGUCUGAGGCGGUUCGUGGUCGGCGCUGCCAUGUGAAAAAUCGACCACUCCAAGGCUGGGUGUAUGACGAUGUGAAAAUAGAGAACGUUCGAAAUUCUACUCAGCUUCUGGUCCGCAUUGUUAUUGCAAAGGUCGAGGACGAGAAACGUCUGAGGAGCCUUCUACGGGAAGUUCCUAUUGUCCAGGACAGCCCAGACUGGAGGUGUCGGACUUGGGUCGCUAAUGCGCUUAGGAUAUUAAAGGCGGACAGCAAAGCGCUAGGGACAUCCAUGCUUGACUGGCGCAAGAUAGAGAUGACUGCACGGGAAUACGUAGCGAAAAAAGUCGCCCAAGGACGUUUCGCAACUUCCGAAGACCUGAUGCAGCCCAAGCCAACUUGGGAUCUCAUCAAUAAUGAGGAGGUGGUUUCUUAG